AUGACUUCGCCGCUAUCCGGGAAAGACGACAUUGAGAAGGCUCACCAGUUUUCCGUAACAAAGAAAGCAUUAGCAGUACCGGCCGAGCAUCAAAGCGUCUCUUCUCAGAACCAGCUCAAGACUCCGUCAGUUUGGACGAGUCAGACGUCAUUGGUGUCCGAGAAGACAGACAGCGAAGAUGAGGGUACCUCUACGUUGGUGACCUGGGAUGGGCCAGAAGACCCGAAGAACCCUAAGAACUGGACUCGGAGUCAGAAGUGGACGACUUCAUUAAUCAUUUCGUCUUUCGCAUUUCUCUCCCCCCUUUCCUCGUCCAUCGCUGCACCGGCCCUCAAACCGAUCGCUGAGGAUCUACACAUCACAAACGAGGUCUACCGUCAGCUGGUGCUGUCCGUCUUCCUCCUGACAUAUGCUCUCGGGCCUUUUAUACUUUCACCCUGCUCAGAGAUAUGGGGUCGGACACCCAUUGUGAGAGUGGGCAACAUGAUAUUCAUUAUAUCAACCACAUUGUGCGGGUUCGCUACUUCGAAGGAACAGAUCUUGGCCUUCCGGUUCUUGGCCGGCAUCGGAGGGAGCGUUACAGUCGGGAUGGGAAGCGGUAUCUUGGCAGACUGUUGGCGACCUGAAGAGCGCGGGAAAGGCAUUGCAUUCAUGCAGUUUGCACCAGUCAUAGGUCUGGCAAUUGGUCCGAUCCUUGGCGGCUACAUCUCCCAGUACGCAACCUGGCGGUGGGCCUUUUGGCUUGUAGUCAUUGUGAACCUCACCGUCCAGCUGAUCGCGCUCUUCUUACUCCGGGAGACGUACGCACCACGUCUGCUUCAGCUGAAGGCUCGCGAUCUUCGCAAGGCCCAUCCUGGGCAAACCUUCCAUACCGAGUGGGAAAAGAAAAACCGCACUCUGCCCGGAAUUCUGAAAAUCAGCUUAUCACGGCCCUGGGUCAUGCUGGCAACGCAGCCCAUCAUUCAGAGCUUAGCAAUCUACCAGGCUUUCAACUUUGGGUUUCUCUACCUCAUCAUUUCUGGAUUUCCUACACUAUGGGAAGACCAUUAUGGGAUGAGUAAGGGUAUCGCCAGUUUGAACUACAUCUCGGUCGCUGUUGGAUCCAUGAUCGGUGUCUUGAUCUGCGGUCCAGCCAUGGACGCGACCUACCACAGACUCAAACUGCGCUACGGUAUGAAAGAAGACGAGGUCGGUGCUCCAGAGUUUCGCAUACCCUUGAUGAUUCCAACCGCGUUCAUUUCACCGUGCGGUAUCUUGCUGUUCGCUUGGUCAGCACAGAACAGAAUGCAUUUUCUGGUCCCAAACAUUGGGAUUGCCAUUACAGUCGGAAGUAGUAUGAUCUCGUACCAAUGCAUAUCGGCCUACAUCGCUGACUGCUUUUCACUUCACACUGCAUCGGCAUCGGCUGCUUGCUCCUUUCUCAGGUCGAUGGCUGCUUUCUCAUUCCCGCUUUUUGUCCCUGCGCUGUUCGGUAACCUCGGAUACGGCUGGGGUGGGAGUCUAUUGGCAAUUGUGGCCGUGGUAGUGGGUGUACCGGCCCCAUUCCUGCUGUGGAAGUUUGGACACAAGCUGCGGACUAAAAGUCGGUUCGGAAAUUCUCGAUAA